AUGCCCUCUGAUCUCGAGAAGCUUUCUGCUUACAACGAUACGCUUGCCGAAAGGCAGACCGCUAAAGACGACGUGCAAGACUACGCUCGCGCCCUCUGGUACCAAAUACAAUGGGAGAACCUGCUUGUGCCAGCGCCGUCGGCCAUUUCUAUCUUCGGCCGUCUGACCAUGGUUGCGAUUGCCGCCAAAUUCAACCUUGUUACGCCGACCAACACCGGAAAAUUCAAGUACAUCAAGGACACCGACUUCCGGGCUACCAUUGUCCAACUUGUGAAUGCCGGCGUGCUCGCAUUUUCCAAGAGUUAUACGAACAUGGACGCUUUGGGCAAGCACUGUGUCAACCUCCGAAUUUCCGUUGGCGAUGUCAUGGCGCUCGUGAUGGAGCAAGACAUGGAGGGCCUGUCGCCCAAGGAACGCGCCGAGACCAUUAUCAGGAACCUGGGCCCGAUGGUCAAGCGCAUCGAGGAGUCCACAACCAAAUGUUCCGAGGCGGUCACCGAAUCCGCCGAACGCUUCAUGAACCUGCUUCUACUCUCUCAGGAAAUCUACGAGGCGACGACGGCAACCCACGGCGCGGCCGAGAAGCGUCAGAAGGAAAUCGAGCUCGCGGCUCAGGUGAUCAAUGCGAAGAUCAAAGGCGCCUCAGAAGCCAGGGCACAGCAGAAGAAGUUCACUGAUGACAUGAAGAAGUACGCUGACAAUGCUGAGAAGCGUUUCAACGAUAGUGUGGACAAGAUGCCUUCGCCUAUGGGAUUGAUCGGUAUGCAGAUGGCGCAAAAGCUCACGGACCUUGCCGUCAUGGGCGGCCACAUGAUGAUACAGAAGCAGCUCACUAUGGGCCAGAUGGCCGCGGGCACGGCGAACGACAUCGUCAGCAGCGCCGCCAAAAACAAGAUCUCGGAGAAGCCUGGCGAAAAGCCGUCGGGCGAGCAGCCUGCCGCGCCCUCGAAGCCGGCCCUCACCGUCGAGGACCUGGACGAUCCCGUAUUCGAGAACGCGGACCGGCUCCGCGACGCGCUGAUCGCGCUCAAGCACGUUCUCAUGAGUGGCCAGGGCGGUGGCGUAAAUUGGGACGACGUCGCGGCCGCGGCCGGGAAGAAGACGAGCUUGGCAUACGCCACCUCGGAACUUGACGAGCUCUCGUCUGCCGCGUAUGGCAAGUUUAAGCUAGCUAAGGAGGCGAAGGAUAUCUCUACUGCGGCCCUCGAGGUUGCGAAGGAGCUUAAGAAGCUUAACGACGAUCGUAACAAUUCCCGCGUGGAUGAGAUCGUAACGGAGGUCAAGACGCUCGCGGCUCGUUCGGACAAGCUGGCUACCAGCGUUUCGACGAAAGCCGGCCAGCCGCCGAUGCAGCAGCCAUGCCAAAUUACACCUCCUCAACUCCCUCCCGUCGGCAAGGGCGAUGAUUCGAUCAUCAACCUCGCUGUGAGCAAUGCGCAGUUCCAGGUGACCGCCACCCAGGCCCAGGCUACGGCGUCGAGGGAGGCGUACGAGAAAGCGAACCAGAGCAUGCUCGAUCUGACGAAACAGCUCAACGAGUUCAUGGGCGAGUUGAACAAGCUCGACAUCGAAAAGAUCGAUUGGGCCAAGAUACAGGCGAUCCUUUUCCAGACCGUCCAGUACCUCGCCGAGCUGUGCAACAUCCUCCAGCGGCUCUCCGAGUUCUUCGAGACGAUCAAGAAUUCGGUCGUCAUCACGCUCGCGACGGCCUUCAAGACGUUCACCGAGACCGUUCGGGGAGAAAGGCCCAACCCUCAGCUAGGUGGAAUGCACUUCAGCACCUGGGCCCAGAAAGUUCUCCUGAAGCAAGCGAUCUUCGCCGCCAAGGUCGAGUACGUCAUGUUCAGGAUCGCCAACGCGUACACGAAGAUGUACCAGCAACACAUCGCUGAUGGUAUGACCAUGCUCUCCAAGAUGCCACCCGUCGCGAGCGAGUCGGGCAACACCCGAGCUGCGCUCGAAGCGGACGCUGCGAAGCUGCAGGACUGGUGUGAGGAGGCUCAGCGUGGUAUGCGCUCUAUACUCCAAGCGGAACUGGAUAGCUUCAACGAAGAGAUGGAGGCGCGCUCCCAAGCGUUCGAGGCCGCUUUCGGGAAAAUCUUGCCCCCGCCGGCCCCGGAGACGCGCAAGGCCAUUGAGGAGGCGAAAACGGAGGCCGUCGCCGAGGCCGCGGCCACCAUCACAGCUGUCAAGCCCAGCUACAAGGCGGCCAUGUCACUGUUCUAAGAAGUUACGCGCGUUACCAUGAACCUGUAGAAUAUGUAAUGUAUGAUAAUUGGCCUCGAUGAAUGCC